GCUUGGUUUCCUGGCGACGUAGCUCGGCCGACCGUCGCUUCUCUGGCUGUUUUCUUUUAUUUCUUCCUGCCGCGUGAACGAGGCCGUCAUGCCUUGGUUGCUCUCAGCGGCUAAGCUGGUUCCCGCCGUACCAAGUGCCCGCUGCCUCUCAGGAUGCAUGUCGUGUUCUCAGCGAAGAUACUCUCUCCAGCCCAUCCCAGAGAGGAGAAUUCCAAACCGAUACUUAGGCCAGCCUAGCCCCUUCACACACCCACACCUCCUUAGACCAGGAGAGGUGACGCCAGGACUAUCUCAAGUGGAAUAUGCACUUCGCAGACACAAAUUAAUGUCUCUGAUUCAAAAGGAAACACAAGGGCAGAGUGGGACAGACCAGACAGUGGUUCUGCUGUCCAACCCUACAUACUACAUGAGCAAUGAUAUCCCGUAUACCUUCCACCAAGACAACAAUUUCCUGUACCUGUGUGGAUUCCAGGAGCCCGAUAGCAUUCUUGUCCUUCAGAGCCUCCCUGGCAAGCAGUUACCAGCACAUAAGGCCAUGCUUUUUGUGCCUCGGAGAGACCCUAGUCGAGAACUUUGGGAUGGCCCACGAUCUGGCACAGAUGGAGCAAUAGCUUUAACAGGAGUGGAUGAAGCCUAUACACUAGAAGAAUUUCAACAUCUAGUACCAAAAUUGAAAGAUGAGACACAUAUGGUCUGGUAUGACUGGAUGAGGCCCUCUCAUGCACAGCUUCACUCUGACUACAUGCAGCAUCUGACUGAGGUCAAAGCCAGGAGCAAGAAUAAGGUCCGGGCUGUCCAGCAGCUGGUACAGCGUCUUCGGCUGAUCAAAUCUCCUGCAGAAAUUGAGCGAAUGCAGAUUGCUGGGAAGCUGACAUCGCAGGCUUUCAUAGAAACCAUGUUCGCCAGUAAAGCUCCUGUGGAAGAAGGCUUUCUCUAUGCUAAGUUCGAAUUUGAAUGCCGGGCCCGCGGUGCAGACAUCUUAGCCUACCCACCUGUGGUUGCUGGAGGUAAUCGGUCAAACACUUUGCACUAUGUGAAGAAUAAUCAGCUCAUCAAGGAUGGGGAGAUGGUGCUGCUUGAUGGAGGCUGUGAGUCGUCGUGUUAUGUGAGUGACAUAACCCGGACCUGGCCUGUCAAUGGCAGGUUCACAGCACCUCAGGCAGAACUCUAUGAAGCUGUUCUAGAGAUACAGAGAGAUUGUCUGACCCUCUGCUCCCCUGGGACAAGCUUGGAGAACAUCUACAGCUUAAUGCUGACACUCAUAGCCCAGAAGCUUAAGGAGUUGGGUAUCGUGAAGAACAUUAAGGAAAAUAAUGCCUUCAAGGCUGCUCGAAAAUAUUGCCCUCAUCAUGUUGGCCAUUACCUCGGGAUGGAUGUCCAUGACACUCCUGACAUGCCCCGUUCCCUCCCUCUACAGCCUGGUAUGGUAAUCACAGUGGAGCCAGGCAUUUAUAUUCCAGAGGAUGACAGAGAUGCCCCAGAGAAGUUUCGUGGUCUUGGUGUACGGAUUGAAGAUGAUGUCGUGGUGACUCAAGACUCACCUCUCAUCCUUUCUGCAGAUUGCCCCAAAGAGAUGAAUGACAUAGAACAGAUAUGCAGCAGGGCCUCUUGACCCUCGCUGUAGCCCGUGUGCAGCUCAGGUUCAAAGGGGGUGUUCGUUCGCAUCUGUGCGCAUGUGCUAAGUGUGUGUCUGUGUGCACGUUUAUACACGUGUCCCGUUUGCGAGUGUGGUGACUAUAUGAAUGUAUGUGAUUGUGUGUGAUCUUUCUUUGUUUUAAGUAGCUAGAAAUCUGGAAAACUGAAUUUUUGAACCGGAUGUUAGUGCAGCGUUAGUAACGUUAACUCUAUACAGUUAAUGACCAAGGCAGGUUGAAUUUUUAAAUGUAAAGAAAGAUCAUGGUUCCAUUUCUCCGUGCAUUCCAAUUAACACAAUUAAAUAUGCAGAAACAGGUCUUUCCCUUUCUGCACUUGGCUGAAGUCUGCUUAAUGUUAGAAGAUGUUUAUGAUGCUUGUAUUCUGAGCUAACCACCAGUGUCUCUGCCUGUACUAAAAGCCACCUGUCAGUGAUUGUGGGUAGCCAGCACAUAUCUUCCAUAACUCCUGUCCGUUUCUUCCAGAUCCUACGCGUCUGCUGGAGCCAUAUGAGCCCUUAUGGGCACUGGUGUCCUGCAGUCCCACCAUUCAGCUCUAACCAGAUUCUAGCAACACUAACUAUUAAAACAGUUUUGAGUUUUUCUUGCUAUUUGGUUGCCUGUGACCUAGAAAACGUUUAGAUUAUUGAUAAGGGAAGAGAUGGAAGAGAAAGAAAAACAUAUACGUGUCUUCUGCACAUCUAGACUUCUCUCCAUCUGUUCUCAGUCUGAAGAUGAUUCCUUUCCCAGGCAUCCAUGCUUUCUUGAUAGAUUCUUAGUGCACUGACCCUUCUGGCACACCGUGGAAGCUGCCGCCCCGGGCAGAGGUGGACCGUCUCCUUACCCUCUUGAAGUCAGAGGAAUGGCAUCCAGGUUUCAGAGAGAUGCGCCUGCUCUCUUUCUGUAGCUUCCUCUAGUGCAAAAUAUGGAACUCACUAAGUACCUGUAAACACCUUGUGAUCCUUUCAUUUGUCUAAUAUUAGUCCUGGAAGGGCAGUAGGAAGGAGUCGUGUUUCCCUCAACAUGGCAUUGGCGGCAGUCGUACAGGAACUCAGUUUGCAGGGUGAACGGGGCUAGAUUGUCAAGUGGUUUAUUUGGGAGCAUCUGUCCUCGACCUAUGUGUUCACCUCCUUUAAACCUGGAUACGGCCUACAGUGUACGGAACCUGCUGGUCAUUAGAGCAUAAAGUCGAGGGGCUUUAAGAAAGAAACAGGCGAGGGGAUUAACACUCCCUGCGGCGCUAGAGGUUUGCCCGUCUUACCCGGAAAACCCAAGGUACACAGCCAGAAGCAGACAGCGGCAUCGCCAUCAGGAGACAAAGGCCAUGUUAGAAAUCAGUGAUGCACACGGUGUCCUGCCAGGGCUCACCCUCGAAUGCUUGGCUCUGCUGAGCAGCUGUGGGAAUGGAUGGCCACACGACCAGUCUCGUCCCCGCGCCCGUCUUCCCCGCCUCCCUCCAACUUCUCAGCCCUGUGCCACUUUCUAAAAGAAGGGGAUUGACAAUAAAUCCACAACUUCUCACCCUCUGGGCUUCCUUGGCCUCUACAACCCUUUCCUUGGAUUGAGUUUCCUUUGUUCACUUAUAAUCCUGGAAUAAGGAAUUGCCUUUUCUUGCUAUAAAUCACUUUCAGUGUUUUUCAACUUUCUAAGUAAAAGCCUGGGAGGCUUUUAUGUGCAGCAUCAUACCCGGACACAAAACCGACUUCCUCUGGUCAGAACCUAGUCAAGUUGUGCAGCUGUCGUGAGCCACAGAAUACCUGUUGCAGAAUUCUUCUGGUGAUUUUUGGUCCCUGACCCAAGCAUAUUGUCCUUUGAGUCCCAGAUUAACUUCAGUAGCUAAGCAUUGGAUCAGACUGUCCGCACCACGAAGAGAUGGCCUAGUGUUUCGGGGCCGUCGGAUACAGUUGGGAUUUGUUGAGCAGCUAGUGGUGCGUGAGGCAGGAGUCUCCUACGUUCUUAGCCUCGCCGCAGACACGGCCCGCGCCUCCUCCAAGGCAAAGUGCGUAAAUACUUUAUAUAUGCACCAGCCUCUCCUAAUGAAAACCUUAAUCUUCAGAAAUCCUUUAGAUGUUACACUGGGAUUUUUCUCCUUCAGUUGAAGAGAGAUGGUUGGGUCGUGAAUGAUACAUAACCAUGUAAGUGAAGGAGGCACAUCCAGAUAGCCUGUGCCACGUACUUUUGUGUGUUUGUCUCAGGAAUUGCUGUUUUUCUUCAUACUCAAAAGACUUAUUUGAAACACAGCAGUACAAAUACUUGAGUAGAAACCCUCCCCCCAUAGUCCUAAUAUCCAAACUAGGAAGGUGCUCCUCAUGACGUGACUUAAAGUUCUCUCUGUGUCUUAUUUUAAACCUUGGUUCACUCAUCUUUGCAACAAAGUCAGAAAGGGAAACUUCCUACCGUAGACAUUAUGUCUUAAUUUGAGGUAAAGAUUCAUAAAAUAAGAAAACCCCAGAUAAAGACCUUGUAACUCAUUAAAAUAGGGCAAUUGAACUGUGUUAUAUUUUUCAAAGCUUAUAUUGCCAACACCCCCCUUUAGCUUUCUUAAUAAUACAGAGAUUACAGAUCUGAUGCAGGAGUGCUGACUCCCCUUCCCCCUUGUCUGUGUCAGAGGUCACAAGUAAAGCAUGGGCACUGCCCACCAGGCCAGCUGUGACCACAGAGUCCUUUGGAACACUUGGGUUUCCAAUAACUGCUACCAAUAAAACAAAGUUGGGAUCUGAGUCAGACCCUAUCUGCCAUCCCUCAGCUGGCGUAUGAUUAAUGAUAAUGUAGCUCGUGUGUGUGUGUGUGUGUGUGUGUGUGUGUGUGAGAAACUGACCGAGGGCCCAGGCUGGUGGCAGCAUAAAGGACCCUGCUUGGAAGAGGUUUUUAUGAUGUUCAUUUCUUUUUUUUUUUUAAUUUUAGUUUCCUGAAGUGAGAUCUGUCACCUAAAACUUAAGCUGAUAGGGUUACAUUUCAGGCCUGGGAAAAUACACCUCAAGCUGAAGUGUUUAAUGUUCCUAAUAUAAUGAGAAGGUGAAUGCAUUAAUGCUAACGUUUAAUGAGGGCAGAAUUCCAUUGUCCCAAAGCACGUGGGUCCUCCUGGCUGUUCCUCUUACCUCUGCCCAAGUGUCACCAAGGAACUUGGGAUGAACAUCAGUAUUGCUCAGAUCAGGGGUCCCCACUGACAUCAAGGCCUUAUAGGGGGUGCUCACUGAGGAUCUGAGAGAGCUGCAAUCUUUGCUAGCACUUCUUAAUGCUUUCUAUGACUUUUGUGCAAUUAUACAAGUUCAGCUUGAACAGAAUGCUGUUACUUUUUAAGGCUCUAGCCACUGAAAAUAGAUACGUCAUUUCCCAACAAGGGAAAAGCAUUUAUUACUAUCAUUUUAAAAAUAAAUUAUAAAACAGUGUAA